CGCGCCGGAGGUGGGGGAUUCAAGAUGGCGCCGUGCGGACGUGUCCGGAGCCGCUGCCCGGGCCCCGCGCUCCUCCUGCUACUGGCGCUGGCGGCGCGGCCGGCGCUCGCCGUGCCUCCCGCUGCCGGCCUGCAGGCCGGACCCGGCUUGAACGCGGCGGGGCAGCCCGCGCAGGGAGCGGCUCCCGGUGCCUCGGGCCCGCGGGGAGCCCGAGGCGGCGGAGGCGGCUCCGGUGGCGGGUGGAAGCUGUCGGAAGAGGCGGUGUGCCGCGAGGACGUGGUGCGGCUGUGCUCCAAGCACAGCUGGGCCAACAACCUGGCCGUGCUCGAGUGCCUGCAGGACGUCCGCGAGCCAGACAACGAAAUCUCUUCAGACUGCAACCACCUCCUGUGGAACUACAAGCUGAACCUGACUACAGAUCCCAAGUUCGAGUCCGUGGCCAGAGAAGUCUGCAAGUCCACCAUCGCAGAGAUCAAGGAGUGUGCAGAUGAACCAGUCGGCAAAGGCUUCUUGGUGUCAUGUUUGGUGGAUCACAGAGGCAACAUCACGGAGUACCAGUGCCAUCAGUACAUCACAAAGAUGACAGCCAUUAUCUUCAGUGAUUACCGGCUCAUCUGUGGCUUCAUGGACGACUGCAAGGCUGACAUCAACCUCCUGAAAUGUGGCAGCAUUCGGCCUGGGGAGAAGGACGCCCACUCCCAAGGAGAGGUGGUGGCAUGCCUGGAAAAAGGGCUGGUUAAAGAGGCGGAGGAGAACGAUCCUCGUGUCCAGGUUUCUGAUCAGUGUAAGAAGGCCAUCCUUCGCGUAGCGGAGCUCUCUUCAGAUGAUUUCCACUUGGAUCGCCACCUCUACUUUGCUUGCCGAGACGACAGGGAGCGAUUCUGUGAGAAUACUCAGGCUGGGGAAGGCCGAGUUUACAAGUGCCUCUUUAAUCACAAGUUUGAAGAAUCAAUGAGUGAGAAGUGCCGUGACGCGCUGACGACGCGCCAGAAGCUGAUUGCCCAGGACUACAAAGUCAGCUACUCGCUGGCCAAGUCCUGUAAGAGCGACCUGAAGAAAUACCGCUGCAACGUGGAGAACCUGCCCCGCUCCCGGGAAGCCAGGCUCUCCUACCUGCUGAUGUGCCUGGAGUCUGCUGUGCACAGAGGUCGGCAGGUGAGCAGCGAGUGCCAGGGAGAGAUGCUGGACUACCGACGCAUGCUCAUGGAAGACUUCUCCCUGAGCCCAGAAAUCAUCCUGAGCUGCCGUGGGGAGAUUGAGCACCACUGCUCCGGGCUGCACCGCAAGGGCCGCACUCUGCACUGCCUGAUGAAAGUCGUGCGUGGAGAGAAGGGCAACGUGGGGCCCAACUGCCAGCAGGCGCUCCAAACACUGAUCCAAGAGACGGACCCCGGUGCCGAUUAUCGCAUUGACAGAGCCCUGAAUGAGGCCUGUGAAUCCGUCAUACAGACUGCCUGCAAGCACAUACGCUCUGGGGAUCCCAUGAUUCUGUCCUGCCUGAUGGAGCACCUGUAUACGGAGAAGAUGGUGGAGGACUGUGAGCAUCGGCUCCUGGAGCUCCAGUAUUUCAUCUCUCGUGACUGGAAGUUGGAUGUGGUCCUGUACCGAAAGUGCCAGGGCGACGCCUCCCGCCUCUGCCAUACCCAUGGCUGGAAUGAGACCAGUGAGCUGAUGCCCCCUGGGGCUGUGUUCUCCUGUUUGUACAGGCAUGCCUACCGCACAGAGGAGCAGGGACGGAGGCUAUCACGGGAGUGCAGAGCAGAGGUGCAGCGGAUCCUCCACCAGCGUGCCAUGGAUGUGAAGCUGGACCCGGCCCUGCAGGACAAGUGCAUGAUCGACCUGGGGAAGUGGUGCAGUGAAAAAACAGAGACGGGGCAGGAACUGGAAUGUCUCCAGGACCAUCUUGAUGACUUGGUGUCUGAUUGCAGAGACAUAGUGGGAAACCUGACUGAGCUGGAGUCUGAGGACAUUCAAAUCGAAGCCUUGCUGAUGAGAGCAUGCGAGCCCAUUAUCCAGACCUUCUGUCACGAGGUUGCAGAUAACCAGAUUGAUUCCGGGGACCUGAUGGAGUGUUUAAUACAGAACAAACACCAGAAGGAAAUGAACGAGAAAUGUGCAAUCGGAGUUACUCAUUUCCAGCUGGUUCAAAUGAAAGACUUCAGGUUCUCCUACAAGUUCAAAAUGGCCUGCAAGGAGGAUGUGCUGAAACUUUGCCCCAACAUCAAAAAAAAGGUGGAUGUAGUGAUCUGUCUGAGCACAACGGUGCGCAAUGACACUCUGCAGGACGCCAAGGAGCACAGGGUGUCUCUGAAGUGCCGCAAGCAGCUGCGUGUGGAGGAGCUAGAAAUGACGGAGGACAUCAGACUUGAACCAGAGCUCUAUGAGGCUUGUAAAAGUGACAUCAAGAAUUACUGCCAGAACGUUCCCUAUGGCAAUGCUCAGAUCAUAGAAUGCCUGAAAGAAAUCAAGAAGCAGUUGAGUACCCGGUGCCACCAGAAGGUGUUCAAGCUGCAGGAGACAGAGAUGAUGGAUCCAGAGCUGGACUACACACUGAUGAGGGUCUGCAAGCAGAUGAUCAAGCGUUUUUGUCCAGAAGCAGACUCAAAAAACAUGUUGCAGUGUUUGAAACAAAACAAGAACAGUGAAGUGAUGGAUCCGAAGUGCAAGCAAAUGAUAACCAAGCGCCAGAUCACACAGAACACAGAUUACCGCCUCAACCCGGUGCUGAGGAAGGCCUGCAAAGCAGACAUACCGAAAUUCUGCCAGAAUAUCCUGAAUAGAGCCAAGGAUGACACAGAGUUAGAGGGACAAGUCAUCUCCUGCCUGAAGCUGAAGUACGCAGACCAGCGUCUCUCUCCAGACUGCGAGGACCAAAUUCGAGUGAUAAUCCAGGAAUCAGCUCUUGAUUAUCGACUGGACCCCCAGCUUCAGAUGCACUGCUCUGAAGAGAUUUCCAGCUUGUGUGCUGAAGAAGCAGCAGCUCAGGAGCAGACUGGGCAGGUGGAAGAAUGCCUGAAAGUGAACCUGCUGAAAAUAAAAACCGAAAUGUGCAAGAAGGAAGUGCUCAACAUGCUGAAGGAGAGCAAAGCAGAUAUCUUUGUGGACCCAGUGCUGCACACAGCCUGUGCCCUGGACAUUAAACACCACUGUGCUGCUAUUCCUCCAGGGAGAGGACGCCAAAUGUCAUGCCUAAUGGAAGCUUUGGAGGACAAGCGUGUGAGGCUGCAGCCUGAAUGCAAGAAACGCCUUAAUGAUCGUAUUGAAAUGUGGAGCUAUGCUGCAAAGGUUGCCCCAGCGGAAGGCUUCUCUGACCUUGCCAUGCAAGUUAUGACCUCUCCGUCCAAGAAUUACAUAUUGUCUGUGAUCACAGUUGGCAUCUGUGUACUCUUCCUGAUCGGCCUGAUGUGUGGACGCAUCACCAAGCGGGUGACAAGAGAGCUCAAGGACAGGUAGAGCCUGGAUCGCCUGCUGGAGAAAUGCCUGCCCAGUGCCCGGUUUUGUACAGCCCUCCUCUGUAUAGUCUACCCACCCCCUCUUGCGAGAGAGGAGAGUAAAAAGAAAAAAAAAAAUUAGAACAGCAGCAGGUGUUGGCUCAGUUUUCCCAUCCUGGAUCUCAUCCACAGCAUCUUCAUCCUAUGAAAGUUUAUGUGCAACAUUGGCAGCCCAGCCAGCAGCUUUUGUUACCCCUUUGUUAGCAGACUCUCGUUUACCUGCCUGUAGACAAGUCUCUGUUGUACUGUUGGAACUGCCUUCACUCUCCAAAUCAGACUGAAACGACCUGCAGCUCAAGCAGUUUUUAAGUAAAUUUUUAAAGGAAGACAUAUAUCUGCAUACCAACAAUAUGAUUUAGGUAACGGUUCGUACUGAAAUACAGUCCUCCUCUGUGGCUGGGUGAAAUGGAGGCAGGAAGGUAAAGGGUAAAUUGCAUCUCGCACCACAGUUGGCCUUGUUUUGGACAUCUUGCUCAUCUUGUGUAAAGCAUCUUCAGAGCAUAGUCUGGGACAACCUAUGGACACCGGCACCGGUGUCCCCUCCUAGUGAAUAUCCUGCUUUUGUUACUGUGGAUUCUUUUGGCUGAAAAGAUGUCCUCCCUUUCUUCCUCUGCUGCUCAAGAUAGAAUAAAGUACCGACCAGGAUUAAGUACUCAUGUGAGCUGUACGACUUCAGUAGAUUGAAGACACGGCGUGGACACGAGGCUGUAGAGCCUGUCCGUAGUGUGCAGUGCUGCUGUCAGCAGGCAGGAGGUGCCUGGAUUGGUUACUUGGUCAGUGUUUUUAUUAGUGAUGAUGCAGUGACGUUUUAACACUCCUUUUCUUUCACGUUGCUGCUGUUAAGCUGUUACCCUUCCCAGUUAACUUCCUACAGGUGGUACUGACACCCUGGCAGCGCAGUGCUUUGUCAGUGAUGCAGGAUGCGACUGAACGCUCGACCUGGCCGCUCUGACAGCUACGUGUGGGCCAGCACAGUGGUUUGUAACUGGCCUCCACCUUUUGAAUUGUAGCGCUGCUUUUAGUUUCCUCACAGCGACAGUGGAUGAGGAUAGCAGCUGUGUUCACUGGGAUGCAGGUGCUGGUCCUGAAAGCCAGGUAGGAGGGGAGGGGAAGAGAAUGGUAUGGUGUGAAAGGCAGACGUGUCGGUGUGUGCACAUGGGUGCUCUGGAAGGAGGUGUUCUGGAAAAGCUGUGGCCGUCAUCUUUGUUCCUUUAGUGCUAGAAGGAGAGGUGGGAAGCCACAUGCUGUGGUCAGAGCCUGAGCAGAUGGAUUUCCCCAACGCUUUCGACCUAGAAAGGACUGCACAAGAGCCAGCACAGUGUGUACAGUAGGGUGUGCUUUAUCAGCCUUCUUGAUGUGCUCUCCUGCGUGUGUGCUGCAGUAAAAAUCACGUGCCUGACCCUGUCUAGCUGAGGCUGAUGCUUAAAUCAUGACUUUAUUUUCCCUCUUAGCACGCUGUGAGGUGAGAUCUGACGUUUUCCAGUUCUCCGCAUUAUUCUCUGUGAUAAUGAGGGAGAUGGCUUUGAGACAUCCUGGAAUGUGGACCAGCAGAUUCCCAUGAUGCUGCAUGUACAGAAAGGCAAAUGCAAAAUACUGUGAUGGCUUUUGCUGCCUCUUUGAAGUGCUAGAAAGCUGUACCACAUGAAGCUUCUUGCAAGUGUUCCUUCAUCCUGCUCUGAGGAUGGACAGCAAGUGGUUGGUGAUGCAGGUGAUCCUUGCUCUGCUAGUGAGCCCUUCUGUCUCUGAGCAUUCUGAGCACAAGGCUGGGUGGUAAAGGAAGUCUGAGCAUGAGGAUUCAGUAGAGGACUGGUGUGUGCUGGUGUCAGUGGGGUCGUUAGGUAGAACAGAAACCAAACCUGCAUUUCCUCCCUCCUUAUCCCCAGUGCUGAUGGAGCUAAAUGAGUCCUCUGUAAACGUGAACUGGCACAGAAAAGGAGCUCUGUCACACACAGAGCACAGGUGUAUGAUGCUUCAGAUGUUAAUUUGGCAGUUAUAGAUCAUUUGGUGUGACAGUCUGGGAGCUACCAUUACUGCGGCAGAGGUGGGAGGGAAGGGGAAUCGCGUGCAGUCUUGCUUGCAUGGUACAAGCCCUGCUUCUUGAACAUCUCUCAGGCACAAGGAAAUUGCUGUUGGGGCUUUUUUUAACCUCUUGUGACUUCCAAAAAGGCAUUUUGUAACCUGGUUAGAUUGAAAAGCCGAAUGAAGAUGGUUUGUUGUCUAGAAGUAGCAUCUUCCACUGAAUUCCAAAUGAAUGGCGUUGCAGUGAAAGUUGUAGGUUUGUAGCUAUAGCUCUGAAUGUAAACCAUGUUCCACUGUGAAGGUAACUUCUGUGUGUUCUGGGUUGGGUUGUUGUUCUUUUUUUUUUUUUUUGCUUUGUGAUGUGGUGGAUGCAGGGGAUGAGCCAAGCUUCCUGCAUUCUCACUGGCUUCGGAGAUGGCGUGCUGAUGGAUUCUGAUGUGACACUUGAGAAUCGUGAGAGCCCGCAGUGCUGGGGGCAGAGGCAGAUGCUGGCUGCAUCUCUGCAUGUUUCCUUCCAGCAUCCUUUGUGGCUGUGCAUUUGUAAAGGUGUGAUGCUGGGCAGAGGGAUCAGGCCUUUGUAGCGGUGAGCCUUAUGCUUGUGUUUUAAAAUCGGACUUUCUGACACUGCUGACGACCAGUUUUGCUUUUUUUUCCUUUACUGGAUAUGCACCCAAUCCCAACCUCGAGAUGCUCUCCUCCUCCUCCUCUAUACCUAAAAAUCUAAGAGUUCUCAAAAGCACAGAAACCCCUCCAAAGUACUCUUCCAAAAUUAGCUUGUGUUGCCAGCACAACACCUUGCCCACAGGUUUUCCAUUGCGAUGGUGGUAAGAACUGCUGCUGCUGCUGCCUUGAAAUCAAGGGAGCCUGUUGCAGUUUGGUGGAAAGCGCUAGAACUGUCAUCAGCCCGAAAAGCGUUGGUGGGGGAAAGGUUGCAUUCUGCAGAAUGCUGUGAGAGUCUUUGUCCUUACUGCAGAACCACAUGCAGAGCUUGCCCUUGGUGUGGGGACGCUUGUGCUGCUAGGAAGGUACAGGCAGGAGAGGGGCUGGCAGCCAGCAAGGCGUGCAGCUCUUUGUAGUUGUGUUUCCUGAUGGUGCGUUGGGAGGACGUGGGCAGCUCCAGCUAACCUCUUAGCAUUCAUUCUUGCUGACCUUAAGAAAUAACCUUAUUUAUUGCUCGCCUGGCGGGUCUAACCGAGUCCUUUUGCUGAGUUCCAGCGUAGCUUCCUCCUGCCUUGCUUCUGCCCUUCAGGCUGUUGCAUGACUGACGUGGCUAGGGAUGGUGUUCCUGGUGCUUGCAGUGAUGCCUGGCUGUAUCUGCCUUACCGGAGAG